GCUGACCCGUUUGGGCGGAGGGGGUGAAGGAGUAAGAUUUCAGGAAGGGAAUAAUAGUCCAGGACGCGUUUUCAUGCUCCGACGCUCUCUGUCACCGGCUAGUAUAAAGGCUUCUCUGAAUCCCACUGUUAUACCGCAGAUCUGCGUUUCUCUGCGUAGACGCCGCGAAACUCGAAACUACGCCGCAAUGGUCGGUCCCUCUGGCGCCUCCUCAGGCAGAGGAUCCAUCACCCACGUUAUCUUCGACAUGGAUGGUCUCUUGCUUGACACAGAGAAAUUCUAUACUGAAGUUCAGGAAAUUAUACUGGCUCGAUACAAUAAAACCUUUGAUUGGUCUCUGAAGGCAAAGAUGAUGGGAAAGAAGGCAAUAGAAGCUGCCAAGGUCUUUGUUGAAGAGACUGGAAUCAGUGAUUCUCUUAGUGCUGAGCAAUUUCUUGUAGAAAGAGAAGAGAUGCUGCAGAAAUUGUUUCCAUCAAGUGAACUCAUGCCAGGGGCUAGCCAGUUGCUCAGGCAUCUACAUGCCAAAGGAGUUCCAAUUUGCUUGGCAACUGGAUCUCACCGGAGACAUUUUGAAUUGAAGACACAGAGACACGGUGAACUCUUUUCUUUGAUGCAUCAUGUCGUUCUUGGUGAUGACCCUGAAGUUAGACAAGGCAAACCAUCUCCGGAUGUAUUCCUAACUGCAGCUAAGAGAUUUGAGGGAGGACCAGUAGAUCCCCGUCAAAUUCUUGUUUUUGAAGAUGCGCCCUCUGGAGUCCUUGCAGCUAAAAAUGCUGGGAUGUCUGUCGUUAUGGUUCCAGAUCCAAGGCUUGACAAAUCCUUUCAUGAUACGGCAGACCAAGUUUUGAACACAUUGUUGGAUUUCAACCCUAGUGAGUGGGGCUUGCCUCCAUUCGAAGACAGUGGAAACUAAACUCGGAAUCGAAUCUCUACUUACUGCAGACAGAAAUCUGCAUCUUCACAUUAAAUUGGCGAUACAUUUGAUCAUUCACAUGCGUAGAAUGUCGCACGUUGUGAUAUACCUGAAUAUUACUGCAAAUAAUCUUACUGCUGCCAGACUCAACUUGAGAAACUUAGAGCCCUUAAUUUAUUGUUAGUGUUUGUGUUUGUCGAAGAAAAAUUACUGUUUGAACGUGGCACCAAAAAUGAUUUAAAUCUGGGAUUGACCAAUUUUUACUACUCCACUUGCUGCAGCAACAAUUGCUUGUGGAGGGGCUUCAUGUAGCAAGAAACAGAUG